UUUCACUAACCAAGCAGGCUCUAAUAAACUACAAAAAGUCCGACCGUCUCAGCUGAGCUCAAAAAAGAAAAGAAAGAGAGAGAGAGAUAAAAACAAAUGAGCGUCUCCUUUCUCCUCCUCCGCAAGAGUAAUUAGCAGAGAGAAGAUCUGCUCAGUACUACUCUAAACACACCAAAAAAAGAGAAGAGAAGAAAUCUUCAAUCUCUUUCCUUCUCUUCUAUUUUUCAGAAACCAAACAGAGAUCAAUCGAUUAAAACAAAGAUGCCUUCCCGUAGAAGAACUCUCUUGAAGGUCAUCAUCCUCGGAGACAGCGGGGUAGGAAAGACCUCUUUGAUGAAUCAAUAUGUAAACAAGAAGUUUAGCAAUCAAUACAAGGCGACAAUUGGAGCUGAUUUCUUGACUAAGGAAGUUCAGUUUGAAGAUAGGCUCUUCACUUUACAGAUCUGGGAUACUGCUGGGCAGGAAAGAUUCCAAAGCCUCGGUGUUGCUUUCUAUCGUGGUGCUGAUUGUUGUGUUCUUGUAUAUGAUGUCAAUUCGAUGAAAUCUUUUGAUAACCUUAAUAAUUGGAGGGAAGAAUUCCUCAUUCAGGCAAGCCCUUCAGACCCAGAGAAUUUCCCAUUUGUUGUUCUUGGAAACAAGGUCGACGUGGAUGGUGGAAAUAGCAGAGUGGUUUCAGAGAAAAAGGCACGGGCAUGGUGUGCCUCGAAAGGGAAUAUCCCUUACUUUGAAACCUCUGCCAAGGAAGGCAUUAAUGUUGAGGAAGCUUUCCAAUGCAUAGCAAAGAAUGCCCUGAAGAGUGGGGAAGAGGAAGAGAUAUACUUGCCAGAUACCAUUGAUGUUGGAACUAGUAGUCAACCUAGGUCAACUGGAUGUGAGUGCUAAACUAUAGCCUGAUUCUUCGGCAGCAAUAAAUCAUCUUUUAUAGUGCUACAAACAAUUGGGCUGUUUUUAGCCCUUCCAAUCGUUGUGUACGAGGCUAGACUGUAAAUUAAGUGUUUGUGGAAAAAAGUUGUCCCGUAGUGCUGGAUAUGGUGCCUUUUGUGUAAAAACUGCUGGAUUUGUUCAUGCUGUUUGAUUUUUUUCCAGGCGCCUCGCUGCGCCAUUUGUUCUUGUUAUUAUUUACAUCAUGCUGUUACCUUUUCUUUCAAUCAAGAAAUUUGUCUGAGAAAUUCAAAUAUUAAA